AUGGCCAAUGUUAUCAAACGGAAAAUUGCUGUUAUGGGUUAUCCGUGUGUCGGAAAAUCUUCUAUUACCCUGCGAUUUGUGUAUGGUAGUUUUCCGGACAUUUAUGAUACCACAAUUGAAGACAUACACAUGAAACAGCAUAAGUUUAACGGAAAGCAGUAUGCUUUGCAUAUAACUGAUACUGCAGGACAACAAGAAUUUUCGUUGUUCCCUCGCAGUUGUGCCAUAGAUAUUGAUGGAUAUAUUUUGGUUUACGCCAUAGACGAUCGAAAAUCAUUCACGAUAAUACAUACAAUUUAUGACAAGUUGCUGGAAAAUAUCGGCGACAAGAACAUACCUAUUGUGGUCGUGGGCAAUAAACUGGAUCUGCAGUUUCAUUCUCGUCGUGUUUCAACUGCAGAAGGACAGCAGUUGGCUCUUUCUUGGAAUGCUGCAUUUUUAGAAACAUCGGCUAAAGAUAAUACGUCCGUCGAAAAAAUCUUCGAUUAUUUAUUGCGUGAAAUCGAAAUUGCAAAUGGAAAUAUGAAGCGAAACCAAAGCAAUUGUAUCAUUUCUUGA